AUGGACCCCCGGGCGAAGGAGCAGUGCGGCAGCCCGGGCACAGGCGCGUACAGCGGGCGCCUGGAGUCCAUGGGGGCCGAUGGGGGAGACUCGGAGUCCGGCGCGGCGUCUGAAGAGGCCGGCUGCAGUGACACGCUCGGCAGCCUGCCCGACAUGAAGCGAGAGGAGAGUCUGGAGGAGAAGCUGAGGGGGCUCGCCUUCAGAAAGCAGACCUCGUAUCGAGUGCCAAGUUCAAAGUACUGUUUCUUGAAGGCGGAGUGUGUUCCAUCGGAGAAGAUUCGACAAAUUCCACAUCAAGUUUAUGUGAUCAUUGAACAGGACACAGGACGCAUAGAAGGUGCCUACUGCACAUGUUUUGCAGGAUUGGGACAAACCUGCAAUCAUGUUGCCGCACUUUUGUUUAAAGUGGAUGAUGCAUGGAAGAGAGGCAUAACCAAUCAAGCCUGCACUUCAUUGCCAUGCAUUUGGAACAAAUAUGGGUCAACUAAAGAUAUAGCUCAACCAAAGAGAAUACAAGAGAUGAAAUGGAAAAAACAUCAUUACAAAAACACAGAUGAUGAAAAAGUGGAGAAUCCCACAGUAAGGCAGCUCUUCACUCCACAUGCCAGGAAAGCUGCAGGGGCCACUCUGCAGAAACUUCGAGAUGCACUGGCAGGUGCAUGUCCCCAAGCAGUACUCUUCACAAGCAUGGAAACAUCAAACAUGUCCGUGACAGAGGGCCCACGUCGUGAUCUUAAUGAGAAAAUUACUCCAUCUGAAGGAGUGAACACUGAAGUCCCCUCGUCACUACAGCAGCUGGCCCGUUCAGUCACAGAUGGCUGCAACCAGCAGGUUAUGGUGUGA